AUGGAUAAAUCCCCGCCUCGCAUCCAGAAGGGCACGAAGCGGCUCGAGAGAGCCACCAAGCCCGGUGCGCGCGGGACGCGGCCCUGCCUGGGCAGGCUGCGGCAGCCCUGCAAGCGGGAGCCGGCCAGCGCGCCGGCACGGUCUGCCAAGGGGAACUGGAGCAACGAGGAUGACGUCUUCAUUGUGGAGGACCCGUGCGAGCGGCGUCGGAAGCUCACCAAUCUCGACGACCUCAAGGAUCUAGAGAACAUGGACCGCUCCGAGCCUUGGGACCCAUGCAAGGUGUCGAAGGAGGCGGCGGUCAAGGCCGAGAAGAUGCUGAAGCAGGCGGCCCACUGGGAAGAGCACGCGAAGGCCAAGGGCGGGAAGGGCCCCAGCGCCGCCUCCAACAAGAGCAAGAGCAGCAAGCGCAGCGGCCCUGACCGCGCGGUCUACCCCAACGGCCGACCGCAGCUGCCGCGCCCUGGCGCGCUGCAGCGCUAA